UUGUAUUCUAUUGCAUAUAAUGUGCAUACGUUGGCUCUGCAUUAUAAGUUUCGUCGUACGCUCCUGGUCGGGAUUUCACAUCCACAUGUGCCCAUAUUUCUGCCAAUUCCUCUGUCCCUCGACACAUGAAACGUGAUUACUUUGACUACUGACCGAUUUUACGACCUCGCUAUAUCGUGAUCCCCCUACUGCAUAUACCUACCUAUCGAGCUUAGUCCUCUCUCAUCCCUACUACAGGAGGAGCUUGUGCAGGAUUGUCGUAGUCAGUGCACCCUCGUUACCCUUAUAUCCUCUCUCAUCAGCUAUCUCUUCAGGUCUAUCCAGUGGAACCGCUUCAACCGUGAGAAGAAUGAUCUUGCAUGAUCGAUUGCUGCAUCAGCUGUCCUUGGACUUCAAAGAGAUCUUUCGAUCAGACGUGUUUCCAGACUUUCUUCAUGACCUUAUCUUUUAUCUGGUGUCUCGAUGUCAGAAAUCAACGACACAGAUGUCGCGCCACAUGGCUACUGAAAAACAAUCGAAGGAUCGAUAGCAUCGGUAACUUUACUUCCAAGAAGUCUGCAAUACAGUUACACAAGGAAAAAGAAAUAAGAAAAACAGAGCUUUUCGAGAAUGCUAUAAACAGAUAUUUGAUCCGAGAAACCGAUCAUGAGCCAACUCAAAGUCAGUGCUUCUCAACUGCAGAAUCAAUAGAGGUUCUCACGAAAUGUAUCAUUGCAAUCAAAUAAGACAUCUAUGUACAUUUAAAUCCAUCGAAACAAGAUCUUCAUAUUGUAAACGAAGAAUUUGUCAUACCACAAUUUAUUCUUCCAAAAUGCCACGUAUUUCAUUAUAUCACCGAAGAGCGAAAGAAGUCAUGGAAUAUAGCAAAGGUAACUUAGCCAAAACAAAGAAUGUAAAACGAAAAUCCUGGGUCGGUUUGUCAACGACCUCCGAACGAUUAAAUCGAUCCUCCUAUAGCGAAGGAGGAGGAACCGUCUCGUGAGUGGCCACGCCACGACGGAAUGGAAUUUAUUUAAUUAACAAUCGUCCGCGAAUAAUUAGCUCGUUGAGAGUUCAGGGGUAUCGAGAAGGAGUGGUGGACACGGAGAGGAGGAGUGAGAGAGGAAAGAGAAGAAACUUGGCCGGUAU